GUAUUUGUGGGCAGUUAACAUAAUGAUUCAUAUGUUUUGUAGUUAUGCCUCUUCUCUCUCUCUCCCUCCUUCCUUAUUGUGGUUCUUGAUUUUGGCCAAAUCUUUCUCAUUUCAAUGCAUUAAAAAUCACAUAUCCAAAGAAUCCAAAAAGAAACUUGUGUAACGUCAAUCGAGUUAUAUCCCCCAAUCUUUCUUGUCUUCCACGAAUUGAAAUUCAUAUCAGCUAAGAACACAAAUUAAAAAAAAAACCAUCAUGGAUCUCGAGCGUCUGAGCCCAAGGAACCAAGUUAAGAAAGAAUCUUGGUGGACGGUUCUGACAUUAGCUUACCAGAGCUUAGGUGUGGUCUACGGAGAUUUAGCAACUUCACCAUUGUAUGUCUACAAGAGCACUUUCGCUGAAGACAUCCAACACUCCGAGACAAACGAAGAGAUCUUUGGUGUUCUGUCUCUCAUCUUCUGGACAUUAACUCUAAUCCCAUUAGUCAAGUACGUCUUUAUUGUUCUUCGUGCUGAUGAUAAUGGCGAAGGUGGGACUUUUGCUCUCUACUCUCUACUCUGUCGCCAUGCUAGAAUCAGCUCUUUGCCUAAUUUCCAGCUCGCUGAUGAGGAUCUUUCCGAGUAUAAGAAAACUUCCGGGGACAAUCCGAGGAAUUUAAAAGCUAAGGGGUGGAGUUUGAAAAACACACUUGAGAAGCAUAAGGUUCUACAGAACAUGUUGCUUGUUCUUGCUUUGAUUGGGACUUGUAUGGUCAUUGGUGAUGGUGUUCUAACACCUGCAAUCUCUGUUUUCUCAGCAGUCUCUGGAUUGGAGUUAUCCAUGUCCAAGCAGCAACAUCAAUAUGUGGAGGUGCCUGUAGUCUGCGCCAUACUGAUACUAUUGUUCUCGCUACAACACUAUGGAACACAUCGUUUAGGCUUUUUGUUUGCUCCAAUUGUCCUUGCAUGGCUUCUUUGCAUAAGCACAAUUGGUGUAUACAAUAUAUUCCACUGGAAUCCUCAUGUUUACAAAGCAUUGUCUCCUUAUUACAUCUACAAGUUCCUCAAGAAAACUGGUACACGUGGCUGGAUGUCUCUCGGUGGCAUCCUUUUAUGCAUAACUGGCUCAGAAGCUAUGUUUGCUGAUCUAGGACACUUCACUCAGUUGUCAAUACAGAUUGCAUUCACAUUUGCUGUUUACCCUUCCUUAAUCCUUGCAUACAUGGGUCAAGCUGCUUAUCUGUCUAAGCACCAUGUUCUCGAGAGCGAUUACAGAAUUGGAUUUUAUGUUUCAGUACCAGAGAAAAUAAGAUGGCCGGUUCUUGCAAUUGCCAUUUUGGCUGCUGUUGUUGGAAGCCAGGCGAUAAUCACGGGAACAUUCUCGAUCAUCAAGCAAUGCACUUCUCUAGGCUGCUUCCCUAAAGUCAAAAUCGUGCACACAUCUUCGAAGAUGCACGGCCAGAUCUAUAUCCCGGAGAUCAAUUGGACUCUCAUGCUAUUAUGCUUGGCAGUGACUGUAGGUUUCCGCGACACCAAACACAUAAGCAAUGCCUCAGGUUUGGCGGUUAUAACCGUUAUGCUAGUAACAACCUGCCUGAUGUCCCUCGUAAUAGUCUUAUGCUGGCGCAAAAGCUCCCUCUACGCGCUAGCCUUCAUCUUCUUCUUCGGAACAAUCGAAUCCCUCUACUUCUCAGCUUCCCUCAUCAAGUUCCUCGAAGGCGCGUGGGUCCCCCUCGCCCUCUCCUUCAUCUUCCUCCUCAUCAUGUACGUCUGGCACUACGGGACCGUCAUGCGCUACGAGUUCGACGUCCAGAACAAAGUCUCCAUCAACUGGCUCCUCACGCUCUUCGGCUCUUCAAACCUAGGAAUCGUCCGCGUCCGCGGUAUAGGCGUGAUCAACACGGAACUAGUCUCUGGCAUCCCAGCGAUCUUCUCUCAUUUCAUCACUAACCUCCCCGCGUUCCACCAGGUUGUCGUCUUCCUCUGCGUGAAGUCCGUCCCCGUCCCGCACGUUAAACCGGAAGAACGGUUUUUAGUCGGUAGGGUCGGACCGAAGGAGUACCGGUUAUACCGGUGUAUCGCCCGGUACGGUUACCGCGACGUGCAUAAAGAUGACGUGGAGUUUGAGCAAGACCUAAUCUGCAGUAUAGCAGAGUUUAUACGUUCGGACAAAGCGUUUGAUGAGUCACCAGACCGAGAAAACGAGACGGGGAGCAACGAGAGGCUUACGGUCGUGGCGGCUUCCUCCUCUAACCUCGAAGGUGUUCAGAUCUAUGAAGACGAUGGAGAACAGUCGGAGGUAACCGAGGCGCAGGCUCCUUCGCCGAGAGCCAAGAAAAGGGUGCGGUUCGUGUUGCCGGAGAGUUCGAGGAUAGAUAGAUCAGCGGAGGAGGAGUUGACGGAGCUGACGGAGGCGCGUGAGGCGGGGAUGGCGUUUAUAAUGGGGCAUUCUUACGUGAGGGCGAAGUCGGGUUCGAGUGUGAUGAAGAAGAUGGCUAUUAACUUUGGGUAUGAUUUUCUGAGGAGGAACUCGAGAGGUCCUUGUUAUGGUUUGUCUACUCCUCAUGCUUCUACUUUAGAAGUUGGUAUGGUUUAUAUAGUGUGAGUGAGUGAGUGACUACACGUUUUCUCUUCUUUUUUUUUUGUUAAAUUUGAAUAUUGUAAAUUAAAGUUAAGUUUAUGAGGUUUUUGUUGCUGUUGUAAGUUGUAACUUUUGUGUAGAGAUGUUAGAGUUGCUUGUGGCAUAAGUAAGAUGUGCUUUUUCGUUUUUGUAA